AUGUGGACCAAGUUGUGCCAAAUCUCUGCACUGAUCUUUCUCCUGGGACAGCUGCUCUGUGUGGUGGAUAGUAAAGGAACUCUGUAUGGAGGCCACAUCAACCCUUUCUAUGGAAACAGAUACAACCUCUACAAAGCUGGACUCAGUCCUCAUUACUCACCAAACAAGCCUAUGACCCGUCACAAAAACCACUGUGCAUACAUGGUCCAGAAGAACGUCACAUGCAUCAUGCAGGAAGGAGUGGAAACCUUUGUGAAUGCAGAAUACACCACCAAGUGCAUCUGGGGCCAGAAAUGUCCUGUUGUCAUGUACAGGACUUUCUUUAAGCCGAAGUACAAGGUGGGUUUCAAGACAGUCUCGGAGCUUGAGUGGAGAUGUUGCCCCGGUUUCUCUGGAGAAACAUGCUAUGAUGGACCUACAUCACUGCCUGACAUCAUAGGGCCGAGUCUCCCCCAUCGUCCAGGUGUGAAAGGUUUUCCCCACGGCCCCAGACCCCCUGUGGACCAGAAGCCUGGAGGAGGCCGGCUGGAGCCGGGCAAACCCUUCCCUGACGUUAUCGCAGGACAGCUGCCUGCUGGGAGAGGAAAACCCAACACUGGUACCAAAGUAUCAGGAGUCACUGGUGACCGUUUGGACCGUAUGGAGGAGGAUCUGCGUCGCCUAACUCAGGGUCUGGAUACCCUCAGUGGAGUGGUGGCUGGACUUGAGGAGCGGCUGCGCACAUCCCUCCGGGAGGACACCAACAAGCUGCUGGUGUCGCUGCUGCCCAACGCUCCUCAGGUGCACGACUCCACCGUGGGAUUUGGUGUGCUCCCAGUCGGGAGUCCUGAUGGUCUGGAAGGAGGACAGCCCUUUGCUGGAUUUGGAGACAUAGCAGGGAGAGUGACAGAAGUGAGGGACGAGCUGCGAGCCAAAACUCACAUGUUGGAGGAAAUUCAGGGAAUGGUCUUGGGCCAUGAUGGUCAGCUGAAGACACUUUUGGAAGGAGUUGGAGGCAAACCCAUCUAUGGUCCAGACUCCACCUCUUUUGUGGAUGAGAUCUUGCACACCAAACUGGCUGAGGUGAGGGCUGAGAUCCUGGAUGGCUUUGAACAUCGUCUAACUGGCCUGGAAAGCCACUGUGAUGAGAAGAUUGGGGAGGUGAAGAGGCAGUGCCACAGGGAGCACAUGGACGGCCAAGAGCAGAUGCAGCAUUCUCUGGACGGCAGAGAAACUGGGCUCAGGGAGGAGCUGGGCUCUCUGCAGGCUCAGAUUCAGGGUCUGACUCUGACUGAGAGCUGCUGUGGACAGGUGGACAGCCUGUCUCAGCGCAUGCUGCUGCUGGAAGAACUGGUCAAGGACCUGACUGAAUCUCAGAGGCAGCUUCAGAGAGCUAUCACCGAACAAGGCUUUCAAGUAGAUACUAUAAUUGAGACCCGUCUGGUGGACAUCGAGGACAGACUCAAUGCCACCACUGUUGGAUCUGAUGGAGCUGCAGGGCUUCCUGGUUCUCUGGACGGCUUCAAAACUUUGCUGGAAGACAAGCUGAAGACCCUCGAGGACAGAGUGUUUGUGGCUGUGGAGGAACUAAGUAACGCCACUGUUCCAGCUCUUCUGGAGGGCCAGGUGGUCCCUGCACUGGAGACAGAGAUCGAGUCUGUUAGGAGGAGGGUCGAGGGAGACCUGAGUGGAAUUCACAAACAGCUAAUGGACCUGGAGCUCCUCUGCACCUCCUCAUGUGCACCCUCCGCCCCUCCAGAAGGUGGAGUUGAAGGUACUGUGGUAGACGAGGAGUGUGAUGGAAUGGAAAAGAAGAUGAUCGAUCGUUUGGACUCCCAUUCCAACCAGCUGGACCAUAUUAACAACACCCUGCACAACCUGUUGGUCCGGAUCGCACAGGAGGACUCAGAGGGCUCCGUCCAGGGAGAGAUCACACUCCUAAAGGUCAACAUCAACUCUGUGAACCGCACUUUGAAGGGCCUGAAAGACUCCAUCAGUUUUAUUUCAACUGAGGUGAGCCACGCUAACUCAUCGUGGGAGGCGAGGGAGCAUCAUCUGGUCAACCAAGUGCAAGGGAUCACCAAACUCGUCGGGCAUCAAGCCUCCCUCCUCGGAGCGGGCGAGAGGCGACUGGCACAGCUGAAGGGAGAGCUGGUAGCCUUGAAGAGACAGUUGUUGGGGGGGCUGCAUGGCUGCCGCAGCACAGCCGUGGAAGUGCACAAAGAGAUGAGAGAUGUUGGCAGCAGGGUGAGCCAGGUGGAGAGCCAGUGCAGCAACCUGGGGGAGCUGGUGGAGCACCUGGAGCGAAUCAGGGCAGAGCUGGAGAGACACUCGGACGAGUACCUGGCCCAGGUGAACGGCACUCUGACCGUUCACUCGGCGCAGCUCGCUGAGCUGAAGGGAGAGGUCAAAGACUGCACGUCCAAAGAAACCAACCAAAAUGGAGACCAGUAGCGACUGAGCUGCAGUUCUUGAAGGACAGACUCACUGUGUGUGUGCUUUUAAUUAGUCUCAAGUGUCUUCCUGU